AUGACAAUUGCAAAUACUCAAAACAACAAUAAUAAUAUUGACUGCAAUAACAUCGGUAUUAAAAAUACCAAGAUUGCUGUCUCUGAAGUCAAACCACCAGAAUUUCAUUCAGUGAGUCCCAAAGAAAAUGAUGCAUUUAUUGAGGAUUUUCUUCAACUAGACCAACCGUUAAUCGAUGAUAUUAGUUCUAAAAAAAGGGAAUAUAGCCAAAUCUGUCUGGAUGAUGAGAACAUUGAUUUAUUUUUAAAACAAUUUGAUGAAAUAAUGCAGGGAAACAAUACAUUUGUUCAUGGCACCAACAAAUCUUCAUCUGAGAAUAGUUUUUCUUCACAAUCUCAAGAUCCCUUAUUAUUUAUGUCCAAUAAUAAUGAAUCUUUGGCUCAAACUCCCUUAUCUUCAAUAUUUUCCAAUCUUGAUCGAAAAAAUGUUGAUAUCGAUGCAUAUAAAAAUUUGCUAAAAAACUACAACAGAUUGAGAUCAAAAUUGGUGAAUCAAAAUAAAAUUAUAGUUACAUAUGAUAAGCUAAAAGAAUCAUAUUUGCAUAUAUAUAAUAGUUUUCUAAUUGUCAUUGAUGCAUUGAAUAUUAAUGAGAAAAAAAGAAUACAACUACAAAGAGAAAAUGAUGAGUUAAAAGAUUUUGUUUCUAGCAAAAGUGACUGCUCAUACUAUUUGGACAAUCCAGGGUACAAAGAUUAUAUCUUAGAACAAAAAGAAAAACUCAAAAUUUUGAGGAUGAAAAAUAAUAAAAACAAAAUAAGUAAAAUCGAUAAUAACAGAGUUUCUAAAAGAAAAAGACCAGCUUCCGAAAAAUUCUCAAAAUCUGAACAUUUUGAAACAAUUAAUUUGGAAAAGAAUGGAAACCACAAUGAGAAUGAACUUUUAUAUCAAUCUUUAUAUGAUUAUUGUAGAAGUAUAUAG